UCCGAGACGAUUUCUAGCGUCGUUCAUAUUCAUUCUAAAUUCUAAUCUACAAGAUCGAAUAAUUUGUGAAAAAAUCCAGUGAAAUACUGCCAAACUGCUUUGAUAUCGGUGUAAUUUAAGCAAAUCGAAAGGCUUUAAUAUCAGAAAAGCAUAAUUUGCGUCACAUUCAAACAAUGGCUCUUGCAAAACCGAAAUCCGAGCUGACCCCGGAGGAGCUUGCUCGCCAAGAGGAGGAAGAGUUCAACACCGGUCCGCUGUCUGUGUUGACCCAGUCGGUCAAAAAUAACACUCAGGUCCUCAUAAACUGCCGAAACAACAAGAAGCUGCUUGGUCGGGUCAAGGCCUUCGACCGGCACUGCAACAUGGUUCUGGAGAACGUGAAAGAGAUGUGGACGGAAGUUCCACGAACCGGUAAAGGCAAGAAGAAGGUCAAACCGGUCAACAAGGAUCGAUUUAUUUCGAAGAUGUUUUUGCGAGGGGAUUCGGUGAUACUGGUGCUGCGGAACCCACAGGCUACCGCUGCCGGCAAGUGAUUCCGGACGUUCUUUCUUAAAUUAACGCUUAACUCGAUAUAAUUUUUAUAAGUUUGUAUUUCCAUCCCAUUAGAAUUGGUGAAUAAACUGAAUAAUUGAAAAAAUGUGUAUGAUUUUAUUCCCUCUCGGCGAUUGCGUUCAGGUGCACUUCAAUUUCGUCCUCGGUGAGGGUCCGGAACUCGGGAUUAUCCUUACUGACUACGCCCAGCUCGAUCUCCGACGGUUUGAAAUCUACGGCUAGAACAGUGGACAGGCAGGUGAUAGCCAUCUGGAUGGCUUCCUUCUCGUUGAAGUCGGUCUUCUUUUUUAGCUUCUUCUCCAGAUAGCUGUUGGCCUCGGUCUGCUUGACGCCGACGGAGAUCGCCCGAUAUCCACAGUAGUACCCGGCCGGAUCCGUUUUGUACACACAUGGGCCGU